GGAAAAGAAAAACUUUUACUAUUUCUGGUUUCAUUUCUCUGAUGGAACUAAAAUUUGUUCGAUUUUCAGUGAACCCUAAAGUUCAGUUUCUUUGGAGAUUCGGGUUUUUUUUUUCCUUGGAGAAAUCGGACAGCCUCGGUGGUUUGUCUGGAGUUGGAAUCAUGACGACCGGCGAUCUUGUUAAUAUCCAACCCACAGAGUUGAAGUUCCCGGUUGAGUUGAGGAAGCAAAGUUCAUGUACGAUGCAAUUGACCAACAAGACAAACAACUAUGUCGCCUUCAAGGUUAAGACAACUAAUCCCAAGAAAUACUGUGUUCGUCCUAACACCGGUGUUGUCUCACCUGGAACUACAUGUAGUGUAACAGUUACGAUGCAAGCCCAGAAGGAGGCUCCUCCAGAUAUGCAAUGCAAAGACAAGUUCCUUGUUCAGAGUGUUGUUGUCCCAGAUGGUACAACUUCAAAGGACAUAUUGGCCAACAUGUUCAACAGGGAGACGGGUAAAAUAAUUGAGGAGUUUAAAUUGCGGGUUGUUUACAUCCCAGCUAAUCCACCUUCGCCAGUUCCUGAAGGAUCUGAUGAAGGGAACUCUCCUAGGGCAUCUGUUAAUGAAACUGGCUCUCAGAAUGGUUCGUUGUACGAUGAUGUGUCAAGAACAUUAGAAGAAACAAAAGAGAAGUCUUAUGAGGCAUGGUCGGUAAUUUCCAAGCUGACAGAGGAGAAGACGUCUGCUAUCCAACGAAGUCAGGAGCUCCAACAGGAACUGGAAAUGCUAAGAAAGGAGUCGAGCAGGAACAGAGGUGCUGGCCAUUCAUUGAUGUUGGUGGUACUGGUGGGUCUGCUAGGCUGUGUGAUUGGAUACUUGUUGAAGAGGGCAUAAGCUUCUGUUUUUUUCUUUUUAAAUGGAGAUUAUAGGACUGGGAUCUCCUUCUUCGUGUAGCACCCUGGUUUGAAGAUUCUCGCAUCUUUAUGGGGUUUUUGCUGAUUGAUUGAAGCUCACUUUUGAGUGUGUAUUCAGCUAUCAAGAUUCGUCUGUAUUCUAUUGUUAUUGUUGUUGUUUUUCAGAGUGUAUGUAUUAUGUAAAAUCUAUAUCAAGAUUUAUCUGUAUUCUAUCGCUA